AUGCGUCGUCAGACUGUUUCAGACGGGCAGAAACUGGGAACCAUGGACCCCAUCAAAUCUUAUGCUGUUGCCUGUUUAAAGGAGCGCCGGUUCCCAUUUCCAGGGUCUUUUCGUCCACUCCAAGGAUACUAUGAGGACACGCCAUGUGAUGAAGCCCGGCCGACGUGCUCCAAUUGCGCCAAGCGCCAUACCGAGUGUGAGUAUGGGUCGUCCACCUCGUUACUCUGGGCAAACGAGGACCCCGUCUCUCGCCAUGUGUCUCGUGGCUCCGGGUCAGACAGCGGCCAGCCCGGCGAAUCCAUCAUGAGCAGUGUCGGGACGCCGGACUCGUUGGGGAUUCUGGGCCAGAUGCCCGGUGUGGACCCAGCGGCGGCCUCAUCUCCGCCGGUUCUCAACACGGCCGACCUGGAGCUGAUGAUGCACUGGUGUAACUCGACCUACGAGACCCUAUCGCGCAACGAGCGCACCGAUCCAGUCUGGCGAUACGCCGUGCCUGAAGAGGCACUCUCGCAUCCGUUUCUCAUGCACGGCAUUUUGGCCCUGUCAUCAUUACACCUCGCCCGGAUCGGUCCGGAACCGGCUCGUCGGGCGUCGUAUCUCGGCCGUGCCGUGGCACACCAAAACCAAGCGCUGGCGCUCUUUCGCGGGCUGUUGGGGGACAUCAACGAAAACAAUGCCAAGGCGAUGUUUGCCUUUGCGGGGAUUGUGGUUGUGUAUACAUUUGGAUUCCCCCAUUCCCCCGACGUGCAAGACCCUUGGAACUGCGUGGAUGAUCUCUACCAGGUCCUCGUGCUCUCGCGCGGUGUGCAACAAGUCAUACGAUCUAUUACCGACAUGAUCCCCGGCAGCGCCUUUGCGCCGCUUUUACAUCGGGAUGAAUGCCACGCACCAUUGACCGACGACGACAAGGCCGUCGUCGCCCGGCUCCAGGAAGCGAACCGAAUUUGCGGGCUGCGCGACGCCCACCACGAAACGGACGUGUUCACCACGACCAUUGAGAAUUUCGCAGAAAUGUUGGGCCUGGUGCGCGGUGGCGUGACGACCAGCACGAUUGCUGGCCGGUGGGCGAUCAUCUUGCCCCAGAGAUUCCUGGAGCUGCUGCGGGAACGAGAACCCUUCGCACUCGUGAUGUUAGCCCAUUAUGGCGUGCUCUUGCAGUAUCUGAAGCACCGAUGGUGUUUUGACGAGUGGUGUGUGCGGGUGGCUCAGGCUGUGUGGACGGUGUUGGAUGAUCAGUGGAGACCCCUGGUGCACUGGGCGAUGCGCGAGAUCCUUGGCGAAAAUUACAUCGAUCAAGUGUAG